AAAAUGCUCAUCGAUGCUCGAAAAUAGUCUGUUUAUUCCAUCAUUAAUUUAAAUACUGCUCUAAUUAGAUCGACUUUUCUAAUGUUUUCGUAACUUCAACUGAGAUUGAAUGAUAUCGUCGGGUUUUUUUGAUGGAUAAGAACCCUGAUCAGAAAACAAUAGGUCUAGUUGAUCUCGAGUUCCAAUCAUGAUUUGUACCUUUAGUCUUCUACUAUGUAUAAACUUUUUAUUUUUUAUUUUUUUGUUAGAAUUGAUCAUUGAUUUUGAUACAAAAGUUAGCUUAAGUCGCAGGGAUACUGACAAAUUUUAUGGACAAUUAUAUUCACUCAUAUUUUCGUCAAAAUGUGUAUUAACUAGAUGUUUCUUGAGAUGUCAUUACAUGAUAUCAACUGGCACUGUUCAGAUGUCUGAAACGGUCAGUUUAAAAUAUUUAAAACUAGAACUAUACACUUUUUAUCAGUUAUUCGUCUUAUUAAAAUUCACGCCGAAUUUAAUCGAUUUAAACGUCCACAUUAUUGAUUGUACAUCCGUAUGGGUUGAACAAUAUCAAUACGAUGAGUGGAAAACAAAACAAAUUACAUUUGAUUAUUUAAAACGAUUUACAUUCAUAACACAUAUGAUCGUUCCUUUUCUGACUCCACUAGAAUUCCUAUUAAAUCAAUCGUUUUUAAAAUUAACAUUUUUAUCAUUAUCAUUUAAGUAUCGAGUACAUCAGUAUAAUUAUAGUGGAUUGCUAACAUUACGAGACGGGGGAUUUUACAUGGAAACAGUUUUAUUGAAAUCAAUCAAAACAACAUUACAAACCUUGCAAUUUUCCAUCCAAUUAACGAUUCGGGAUCCAUUAAAUGAUCUAAUUGAAACGUUUAAAACAAGUGAUUACUGGAAACAUAGUCAUUGGCAAAUUGACUGGGACCUUGUCGAUGUUGACUGCUACCACUUUUAUACAAUACCGUUUGCAUUUACACAUUUAUCGAGUCUUAAAAUGGAUGAAAAAAAGAUACAUUGUAAUUUUUCGUCAAAUGUUCGAAGUGUCACAAUCACACAUCCUCAAGAAAUGUGCAAAACGUCUCUUCUUAAAAAUUUGAAUCAUGUUCAUAUCAGAAUUGGACGUCGUGAUUCGAAUAAAUUAUUUAUUGAACCGGAAAGAGAUUUUUCGGUUACAACUAGAGGUGUAACAAUCGAAACAAAUGAUGUUGUUUUCUCAUUCGAGAAAACACUUCAGUUAAUUAUUAAUUGUUAUAAUAUGAAUAAUCUUCAACAUUUCGUUACAAGUGGUACAAAUCUUUCAAACCUAUUUCGAAAUGAAUCAUGCAUCAGUUUAGCAGUAAUCGAUUUAUUUAACAAUGUAAAACAAUUAAAGUUAUUGGGCAGUGAUUUAAAAAUGAUUGAUAUUUCUCGAUAUUUUCGUCAACUUCAAAUUUUAAUAUUUAUUAAACAACGCUCUAAAUCAUUUGAAUUUGACAUAAAUAACGAAAUGACUGUUCUUGCAAGAGACAUGAAACAAUUAAUUUAUUUGGAUAUAUGUUCUGUUAUACAUGUUUUACAUGCCACUAUUCUAAAUUUCAAUCCUGAUUACGAUCGUUCAAUCAUCGAACAAAUAAUGAUGCAACAUAACCGUUUCCCAUAUCACUUAGAAAUUCAACCAGAGCGAAUGAGACUGCAGCUGACUCAGAAAGAACCAUUUUCUGUUGGAUCUCAAAGAUGA